CCCGCGUGGAGCUCAGGCCGGGCCAGAAGCAGCAUGUCGUCGCUGCGGUAGGCGGUGCCUCCUGCCUCCUCCUGGGACGGGGGAUCUGAUCCGCCUGCGGAUGGCCACCGGCGGGGAAGCAGAGCAGCCCCCGGCCAAGCUCAGUGGGGACUCAGUAGAAAGCAUGAGGAGGAUUUUCAUCACUCGCCCCGAGAGCCGCGAGGAGGAUGGCCAGGGUGGGCGAGAGGAGCAGCCCGAUGGCAGCGGCCUUUGCCCGGGGAAGGCAGGGGAGGCCGGAGCCGUCGAGGGCACGUUGCUCUCCAGCCCUCCUCCUCCUAAGAAAGCGCCUCACAGAGAGCACCGCAGAGAUGCUCAGAGGCUAGUCUUACACUAUAUUGUGCCUUGUAUGAACGCCUAUGGCUUGUGCAUAGUAGACCACUUCCUGGGGCACAGGAUGGCCGAGAGAAUCUUGCAAGAGGUCCUGGCUUUGCAACUGAGUGGCAAAUUCCAGGACGGAGCCCUGGCGAGUCAGAGAGCGGGCAGCAGCAAAGCUAUUCGCGGGGACGAGAUUUUGUGGGUAGAGGGCAGUGAACCGGGCUGUGAAAACAUAGGCUACCUCCUGAAAAGAAUGGAUAAACUCAUCAUGCAUGCAGAUGGAAAGCUGGGUCAUUACAAAAUUAGAGGAAGACACAAGGCUAUGGUAGCCUGCUACCCUGGGAAUGGAACUGGUUAUGUGCGUCAUGUAGACAACCCGAACGGUGAUGGACGCUGUAUCACAUGUAUUUACUACCUGAAUAAGAACUGGGACUCAAAGCUGCAUGGGGGGAUUCUACGAAUAUUCCCUGAGGGAAAGUCCUAUGUCGCUGAUGUUGAACCCAUAUUUGACAGAUUACUCUUUUUCUGGUCAGAUCGAAGGAACCCACAUGAAGUGCAACCUUCCUAUGCAACAAGAUAUGCCAUGACUGUAUGGUAUUUUGAUGCGGAAGAAAGAGCAGAAGCCAAAAAGAAAUUCAGGAAUUUAGUUGAUGCAGGAAAGACAGAAGCUGUUCUCAAUGAAGACUGAGCAGUGGUUUUCCAAUGCGGUUCUUUUGUACUGAUUAUUUUGGACUCUCUUUUGCAAGCAAUAAGAUCCAAAGACAACACGGUCUGUUUCUGGUGAUUUACUGGACACUCUUCUUACCUGCAGAAAUGCACUGUGUUUUUGGCACUGUCUAGUAUUUGCAUAUUACAGUGAUGGUACUUAUGGCAGCUGCCUACCACAUCUGACUGGGGGAAAAGCACCCCUACUUUCUACUUGCCUUUAAGUGAAGAAUGCCACCAGGAUUUUAGAAAGUGAAGAACAUCACCAAGCCUCCUGCUAAUGUCAAGACCAACUGGCCUUUGGCAAUACUGGUAAUAAAACUACUAAGCAUUUGAAAUAGUUGAGGAAACCUGAGUAUUAUUUGCACUUUAUUUAGAUUUUCUAGUUCAAUGGAAAGGAGCUUUACAAAGGAUCUUGUAUGGCAGACUGCAGAUGGGCAACACAAGCAAUCAGAAAUGUAAAACGGAACUAUAUAUUUGUCAAGAGCCAACUUUGUUAUGCUCAAUGUGGGGCCUUUGAUAGGCUGCCUAGUCACUUUGCUGCACAGAUUAUUGGCUUAACUGCCCUAUACCAUUAAUUUCUAAACAGGAUAAGCCUCCCACUUGCCAUAAAAUUGCCGGGAUUUUAUCCAUGUUGCUAAAGUCAAGCAGCAGCACUCGUUCCAUUGCUUUGCCUUUUAGAGCCCCAGGACAGAGGUGGAGGCAGUUGUACAGCUGUCCACUGCUUUUUGAAAAACAUUUUAUUUCUGAAUCAGAAGUGUGAUGGAUCUGUGUAUGAUUUUCAUUUUUUUUUAAACGUUGUUUUAUGAAGCAUCCCAUCCCUUCAAUUCCCUCUGAAAUUUGUAUACUUUUUGGAACAGGUUGAUGACAAACUAAAUGCAUUUAUGCCAAGAAUGCAUCUAGACGAGCUUUAUUAACACUGAUCUUCCACCAGUCCCAUUUUGUAUGACAAAAAAGAAACUUUAAUAGUCCCGUGUAUGUUUGUUGGACUGGCAAAUGUACUGUGGUCAAUUAUGGAACAAGAAAUGCAAAUCGGCUCAAAUCUGUGAUUAAAUUUCUCAUCAGCAUUUACGAGGCUACGAUUGUACAAUUGGAUCUUAAACUUUAUCACUGUUGUUUUGAAUCCAUGAGAACGUGUGUUUAGCAUUGCAGCCUUAACAGCUGAAUCCUAAGAUUUGUUGUGCCAGCGCAAAAAAAAGAAGAAAAAGUUCAGAUGGGAUAUACCAAGAUCACACCCACACAACAGUGUAAAACAUAAUCCUGCAACUAGAUACACAGUGAAAAUGGCUCAAAACAGGGUUCUUAGUCUCUGUGCUGCUGAGUCAGAGCCCUACUGCAAGUCAGAUGUUUGUGUAGUUUUAUUUUUGUGCAUGUUUGAUGUGAGUGAAAAAAAUGACUUAAUCCCAGGUGGUUUAUUAUAGUAAAUAAAUAUUCCCCUUUCUGCCUUUGAGCCAUGAGUUGUACAGAGGAGGACUAAUAAUGAUCAAGCACAUUCUUUCUUAUCCUGGUGACACUUCAACAACAACAAAACCCUUUAAUGAGCAACUUUUCUAUUUUCUCCAGUAGAAAGUUUGAUGCUCAGCACUUAGCAUGGAUCAUGGUUAAGAAUACAGUGGUGGUUCUGCAAAAAUGUUAAUACUUUUCACCAAAAUAUGUAAUGUAAGCAACCUGUGUGUGUGAAAUUACUCUUUUCAUUGAUAUCUAUAGCAAUGUUGUGAACAUUGUAUUUGGAGUACCUGCUUUGUUCUUCCACGUGCAUAUAUUUGCAGAAUAUUUGCAAAAUAUUUUCUAUUUCCUUUCUGUAUGUUUAAUAGACUCUGGCCAUUUCCAUUUUUCUUUUCUA